AUGUUGCACCAAAGCACUGAAGUUAUCAGGGACAGAAUGCUUGUAGAUUGUAAUUCGAUACCAUCAACUCCCAGUCUAAAAGCUGAAGUGUUGCACCAAAAUGGUGUCUGUUUUCGUGCAAAAUCAGAUACCAAUGAACUAAAAGCUUCUCACCCCUCAAUCAGCCUUGCUUUCCCCAAAUGGAGACAGCAACCGCAAUUUUGCGAACCGAACUGA